AUAAAAGUAAAACCUCCUUGGUAAUCCAACCGGCCAGUAGUAAAGAGGCUGUACACGAGCGUGGCUGUUGCCCGCCGCCAUCACAAAAUUUUACGCGCGAAAACUAAUGUCAAAUGAAAAAGUUUUAAUAAUUUAUUUUUGUAAAAGUUAACAGAAAAGUAUUAUUUAAAGUAUUUAAACAAAGUUUAGUUCAAUUUUACUGUUUUUAUUUGUUUAUUUAACGUAUGUUGUAAUUAUUUAGUGAAAAUGUUAAAGUUUGUGUUGUGUGCCAAUGUGUUCCUAUUUUUAGCGCCGUAUACCAGUGUGGCUGAAGACAAUAGGACCACUUUAGGAUAUCCAGCGGGAUUAAUGUCUAUUUGUCCCGGUUCCACAAAACCAGCUACAAUCCCGAAGAGCCAGCUGAAGUACUUGUCCUUCGUGGUACAGGGCAACGGUCGGAGUAGAUACAAAUACUCAUAUUGGAACGCUAAGAAUAUCGCCCAUGAUCCGAGGAUUAAUUUUAAAAGAAAGACAUUACUAGUGGCUAUCGGCUACCUGGACAGCCCCAACCUGCCGAUAUCUGCGAUGUUUGCCAACGAGUACGAGGACCGAGGGUACAACGUCAUCCUGGUGGACAACCAGAGAUUUGCCACUGUGCAUUAUCAUUUAGCAACCCGCCUCAUGCGUCCAGUAGGCAAGCACGUCGCAGAAGUACUAGCCCAACUAACACAGUACGGUCUAGAUCCAUCCACACUAGAAAUCCUAGGCUUCAGUCUAGGCUGCCACACUGCAGGCUUCAUAGCCAAACAUUUUCAAACCUUUACAGGACGAAAUAUAUCUUCUAUCACCGCUUUAGAACCUUCAGGACCGUGUUUUAGGUACCUAGGACCAAAAGAUCGCCUAGAUGCUUCUGACGCAGAUUUUGUCCAGGUCAUCCAUACAAAUAUUGAUGGUUACGGCAUGGCCACUCCCAUGGGUCAUGUGGAUUUCUACGUAAACGGGGGAGAAUACCAACCAUCAGACAUUAGCAUUUACCCUUGUACGACCACUUGUAGUCACUUCAGGAUCCUCCCAAUUUGGAUUUCUGCUCUCAAAAAUCCUAGGAAAUUUAUUGGGAUGAAGUGCAAAGAUAUUCAGCAAGCAAGGGACUCUAAAUGUUAUGGGAAUGUCCCUCUAGAAACUAUUGUUAUGGGUCUUGGUAUAGAUAGAAGAAAAAGGGGGAUAUUUUACUUAGCAACUACGAUGGAAUACCCCUUCUAUUUAGGGGCUAAAGGGUUGAAAGAAGAGUAUGUCUAUUGGAAAAGGAUGACGAAUGUUAACAGUGGGAAUGAGACGGAAAUAUACACGUAAAGAAGAUUAGAAGAGUACAAAAAUAGCAUUUUUAUUUGGUACAAUUUGUAGAAGAGGAUAGUUGGGAAUAUUUUUGCAAAUUGGUUGAUUUGGUGUCAUGGGAGACGAAAUAAAGUUGUAGUGUCAAGAGUAGGAAGCUUGAUAGCUUAGGGAGUUUGAUAAUAAGUUAAGAUUGUGGAUUUUUUGUGAAUUUAUGAAACAAUAAUUCAAUGAAAGACUGUUCAAAACAAUCAAAAAUUGUAUGGUUGGGAAAACCCCAAGUGAUGUUACUAUGAGAAUCAUUUUUAUUGUAAAACAACACGAAAAUUUUACAAAUAAAACAUAUGAAAGUACAAA